AUGUGUGAUUUUUUGGGAUCAAAACUCACAAAACUUGAUAUACAUGAGGUAAAAAAGGAGUUAAGCAAAAAGAGAAAACAUUAUGAUGACUAUGAUGUUUACGUUUAUUACAAAAGUCUUUUAGAAUUAGAAAAAAGUAAUAAAAGCAAAAAAAAAAAAAUUGCUGAUGAAGAGGAAGAAUUUAAACCAUGUAAUUAUAUAUCAAGUAUUUAUAAAAGUAAAAGAUUAAAAAAAAAAACCAUUUAUGAUUAUAUUGAUAAAAAUGAUAGUAUUUAUGAUGAUAUAGUAACUAAUAUAAAUUUUCUAGAAGGAAAAAAUUACACUGAUGAUAUUACCUUAACGUUUUUUAAUGAAAGUUUAUCCUAUACGUUACUUAGAAAUAACAACUAUAUUGAUGGUAUUCCUAUUGGAGUUAAGGUUAAGGAAAAAGAACAUCUUAAACAAAGUAGUUUUACAAAUGAUGAUAAUAAAAAUGUAUUAUGUUCUUUUCAUUCACCAUCUGUUUCUUAUUCAUCUUCCUAUUCUGUAUCUACUUCUCGCUUAAAAUUGGAAGAAAAUUUUACAAAUGAUUUAAAUAAAAAAAAUAAAAGUAUUGAUAAAAAAAAUGAAAAGGAAACAUAUGAAAUAAAAGAAAAAUUAAAAUAUGAAAGAGAUAAAAAUAAAUAUAUGAUAAAAGAAGAAACAAAAAAUAUAAGAAAAGAAAUGGGACCAAAAUUACCCCAAAUUUUUGAGGCAGUAAGAAAAAGUAUUGGUAACGAAACAUGUAAUAUUAAUAAAAAUUACGAACGUUAUGAAAAUGCAUAUGUAAAUAUAUUAUCUCAUCGAAACAAUAUGAUUUCAAUUAAAAUGAAAGAACAAAAAGAGUUUGAAAAAUAUAUUAAAGAAAUAUAUAAACCAAAAAAUAAUUUUGAAGGAGCUUUUUUUGACGAAUAUAAAAAUAACGCAGAAAAAAAGAAAACUAAAUCAUAUUUAUUAGACACAAAUUUUUUAGAAAAUGAAAAGGGUAAUAUUAUGAUAAAUGAUUUAAAUAAACAUUCAAAUAAUUACUUUUCUAUUGAAGAUGAACAAAUCUUAGAAAAAAUACAUGAUUAUAGUUAUUUAGAUAGCUAUUUAGAAGAUGACAUUGAUUUAAAGGAUAAAAAAUUAUAUGAAAAAUACUUGAGGGAUAUGGAAAAAGUAAAAAAUAAGAAUAAUAAUAUUUUUGAGUUGUAUGAUCCUUUUACUCAAAAACAAGAGACAUAUGAAUAUUCUAAUUUUUAUGAUUCUCUUUACAAGAGUAAUAUAAAAAAUUUAGAUAACAAUAAUAUUAACUCUGAAAAAGUUAAAGAUUUAUAUUCUCAUUAUUAUAAAUUAAUAAAUUUAAAUAAAGAUGAACAAAUUAAUAAAGAUGAGUUGAUAAAUUUAUAUAUGCCUAAGAAGAAUUGGGUGCAUUUUAGUAAUUAUGAAAACGAAAAUAAUUCACAAAAUAAGAUCUAUGAUUUAAAAAGGAAAGUGAACUUUAAUAAUGAUAUAAAAAAAAAAAAUAGAUUUAUUUUUUUUUGCAAAAUUAAAGAAAAUAAUAUUAAAAUUAAAAAUAUCUUUAAUAUAAAGGAACUUGAAGAAUUUAAUGAAUUAAUGAAGCAAUUAAAAAUAUAUGAUUUUGACUUUUACACCAAAGAAAUAAUAAAUGAAGAUUUAAAUACUAAUUUCCAGAUAGAAAAUUAUGACUUCUCUAAGUAUAUAUACGAAAAAUUAAAUAUUUCAAAUGUAUAUAACAAAAAUAAAGAUCCAAAAAAAACAUUACCAAAGAUUGAUUUUUUUUUUAAAAUUCCUCAAUUUGUUUUCGAAACUAUUUUUUAUUCCUAA